AUGGCCAUGGACAUGGCGCACAAGGACCACCUCCUGGCGGCCUACCACGGCCUCCUCGCCGCCGCGUGCCUCCUCCUCUGCGUGCUCGCCGAGGCCCUCGUCUUCGCGCUGCGGCGGAGCUUCACGUUCUACCUCGUCCCUGUCUCCGCAAUGCUGCUCCUCGGCCGCUACCGCCGCCGCGCCGCGGGGGGCGCGGGCGUCCGCGUCGGGCUCGUCGACUUCUCCUGCCUCAAGCCUCCGCGCCGGCUGCGGCUCCCCGUGGCCGGCCUGCUGGAGCACCUGGAGCUCGGCGGCUUCUUCGACCGCGGCAGCAUCGAGUUCAUGACCAAGGCCAUCCGCUCCAGCGGCAUGGGCUACGAGACCUACCUCCCGCCCGCGCUGCACUACCUCCCGCCGGCGUCCACGCACGCGCACGCCAUCCGGGAGGCGCACAUGCUCUUCUUCCCUGCCCUCGACGACCUCUUUGGAAAGUCCAGCGUGCCGCCGUCCGCCGUCGGCGCGCUCGUCGUCAACUGCAGCGGCUUCUGCCCCGCGCCAUCGCUCGCCGCCAUCAUCGCCAACCGCUACCGGAUGCGCGCGGACGUCAAGCUCUUCAACCUGUCAGGCAUGGGCUGCAGCGCCGGCUCCAUCGGCGUCGACGUCGCGGCCGGCCUCCUGCGGGCGCACGCCUUGUCGUACGCCGUGGUGGUCAGCGCCGAGAUCCUCACAAUCGGGUGGUACUGCGGCAAGGACCACGGCAAGCUCCUCCUCAACUGCAACUUCCGCACCGGCUGCUCCGCCGCGCUCCUGACCAACAGCACGGCCGUGCCGGUGAAGUACCGGCUCGUCAACGUGACGCGCACGAACACCACGGCCAACGACCGGAGCUACCGCGCGGGGUACCGGGAGGAGGACGAGGAGGGCAUCACCGGCUUCACGCUCGGCCAGGGCGUCGGCCGCAUGGUCAGCGAGCUGCUCCGCGCGCACCUCCUCACGCUCAGCCUCUCCAUCCUGCCGUGGCGCGAGAAGGCACGCUUCGCUGCCGCGCUGCUCCUGUCGAUGCGGCGGCGACGGCAAGACAAGCUCGCCGGCAGCAGCUCCGGCGCCUCCGCGCCAAUGCCGGACUUCCGCGCGGCGGCGGACCACUUCUGCCUGCCUUCCUCGGGCAAGCCGAUGAUACUGCGGCUGGGGAAGGGGCUCGGGCUGGGGGAGAGGGAGAUGGAGGCGGCGCUGAUGACGUUCCACCGGUUCGGGAACCAGUCGGCGGCGUCGCUGUGGUACCAGCUGGCGUACCUGGAGGCCAAGGGGCGGGUCCGGAAGGGCGACACGGUGUGGCACCUCGGCAUCGGGAGCGGGCUCAAGGCCAACAGCCUCGUGUGGGAGCGCGUCGCCGUCGCCGACGACCUCGCCGCCGGCGGGCUCGACGCGCUGGGGCCGUGGAUGGAGUGCAUCCACCAGUACCCCGUGUGGGAAUAA